CAUCUCUAUGCGCCGGUGGUAGGGCGACUCCUGGGCAGAGUGAGGUGCGCGUGUGGCGGUAGGACGGUGGUCGCGCGGGGCAUGGUGGUGCACAUCAUGUCCAAACUGAGGGUGUCCCGUGUGGGGCUUGGGAUGCUGCUGGGUGCGGCUGCAGGGAUCGGGGUCUUCUAUGUGUUCUACAAACAGAGGCGGAAAAGGCCCUGGUGGGGACGCAGCUCCAGGCACUCUGGGGUUCAGUACAUGCAGAACUCUGUGGGGCCCCAUGAAAAUGCAGAGACUCGAGGGAACCAUAACCAGGUUCUGCUUAUAAGACAAGCACCAAUGGAGGCUGGUGAUGGCACUGCAUACACAACUCUUUUAACACAAGAAGAGCAGGUGGAAGUGCUGAACCGUCUGGACUUUGUGCUGAAAAACAUAACAGAGCUACGAAAAGAAGUGGAGGAGCUGAAGAACAGCCUGCAGAGUUUAGCUGGCGAGAUCAUUGAAGAAGUCAAGUCCCACCUGGAAGAAACCCAGAAGGUAACUCGGCGGAGGCGGUACCCAUUUCCUAGAGAAAGGAGUGAUUCCACAGGGUCUAGCUCUAUUUAUUUCACAGCCAGCUCAAGAGGGGCCAAUACAGAUGAUGGUGAAAGUGAAGGAGGGUACACAACAGCCAAUGCAGAGUCUGACUAUGACCAAGAGUCAGGGAGAGAGAGUGAGGAAGGGGAAGAUGAAGUGAGCUGUGAGACAGUGAAGACUGCACGGAGGGAUUCACUGGACCUAGUCAAUGAGGAUGAAACUGUUUUGGUCUUUGACUCUACAGUGGAGGAGGAAUUUGACCAGCUGCUGCAGCAGGCUGACCAGCUGCAUAGUGGGAAUAACCAGGAGAAGAGGGAUGGAUUCCAGCUGCUGCUUAACAAAAAACUGGUGUAUGGAGACCGGCAAGAUUUCCUUUGGCGCCUGGCUCGAGCAUACAGUGACCUGUAUGAAAUCACAGAGGAUGCAGAUGAAAAGAAAUCAUAUGCUUCUGAUGGAAAAGAAGAGGCAGAGGCAGCUCUACAGAAAGGGGAUCAAAGUGCUGAGGGUCACCAGUGGUAUGCUAUUCUUUGUGGCCAGUUCUCGGAACAUGAAAGUAUUCAGAAGCGUAUUCAAGCUGGGUAUGUUUUUAAGGAACAUGUUGAUAAAGCAAUUGCCCUGAAACCAGAUGACCCCAAGUCUUACUAUCUUCUGGGCAGGUGGUGUUACCAGAUCGCUCAUCUGGGAUGGCUUGAAAGAAAGACUGCUUCUGCCUUGUAUGAGGCACCCCCUACAGCCACUGUCCAUGAUGCACUGCAGAACCUUUUAAAGGCUGAAGAGCUGAGCCCAGGAUUUUCCAAAGCAGGAAGGGUUUACAUUUCUAAGUGCUACAGAGACCUGGGGAAUAGCUCUGCAGCUGUUCACUGGAUGCAUCUGGCUUCCGAGCUGCCAGUUAUCACAAAUGAGGAUGAAAAAAUCAAGAGGGAGAUGGAGGAGAUGCAAGGAAUCUCAGAAGAAUAAGUAUUUUUUUUUUUAAGAGCCCAGUCCUCUGAUAACUGUGGUGUGAACAGGACAAAUUCCAGUCUAAAGGAUUUCACAAUCCGGACAACCUUGGAUUGGGCUUCUUGAGCAAACCACAGAUCUUACAAAGAACAAACUAAACUGCAGUUUCAACAGCACUUCCCUGAGGAGUUAAAUCUUGGCAGAGACUCACAGGAUUAAACUCUAAUUCUGUUCAUCUGCCUGCCUGUUGCACCAGAUAUAGUCUAAUGAAUCAAGCACUUGACCUGUUCAGUGCAGCAGCCAUCAACUUGAUUUGAUUUUAGUUUUCCUCUAUGCCUUUGAUUUUCAUUCAUCCACCUACACUUCCCAAGAAGUAUUUAUUGCUCAACUUCUACCGGGAAAGGACAUAAACAUGUGAAGUUCAAGAUGUGAUGGGAUCCUGUGCUCUAUUUAAUAAAAUGUCACAGGCAUGGUUCUAGUGUGUCACGAAGGCAGGGAAUCAACAGCCACCCUUAGCUAUGCCUAUAUUUCUUGAUAGUUAGUGACAACCAUUGCUAAUAGGCAGAGCAGAGAGUGUCAGUCUUUCCUUAUGCUGAGCUCUUUGAUUGCUCAUGGCUUUUUCAGCAAAGGUUUCUUUAGUUGAGAAUUCAGAGUGGGCAUGGCAACCCACUUUCACUUUUACUACUUAAACAAUAUUAACAGUCUGAGGUCACACGUUGGACAUUGGCAUAGCUGAUAAAAUACAGGCCUGACAUUUGCACAGAGGCUUCAGCAAGGUACAGGGUAAAGCCAUUGUGCUUGUUUUAUUUUCCAUUGGUUCUAGUUGCCUGCUGUACUGAAGACAGUGAGGCAUUCUUAUUUUCCAUUAAACCUAUGGCUUGAAGUGGGGAGUGACAUCAGAUCAUAAGGAAGGGCAGUUACAAAGAAACCAUAAUACCAAAGGCAAGAGUUCUGCUCAGACCCUCCUCACCUGCCUCUGAAAACAUCAGCGAUGCCCGGAGCCCACUCCUGUUGUCUCUGCAAGUUCAUCUGGCUAGUUGCUGGUUUUACCUUGAUGACUAAAGCCAUUAAUACUCAUCAGCAUACAUGUAGGAGAUUAACAUCAUGGGACCAAUGCAUCUGCUUUCAGAGAUGUUCUUCAGAAAUAAGAAUUCAUGUUAAAGAAAUGUGUCACUGCCGUAAGAGACCAAGUGGUAAAAUCUUAAACUUGGAACACAAACUGGAUUUUCUUCACUCACCAAAAAUGCUAAUCUUCUAAUCCAAAUGGAUGCUUUCAGAUUCCUUAAUUAUGAAAGUUCAAUGUUUUUUCUGCACUCAUCUAAACCUUGCCUACCUGAUGUAAAGUUUAGGAGUUGCAGAGGCUGUUCAUUAUCUUUAUGAAGCACUUGCUGCAGAAAGAGAGGAACCACGUGGCAAAAUUGACAGUUUGGCACAAAUGCUUUCCACCUCAUUCUGCUAGAUAACAAAUUCAAAGUAUAAUCAAAAUGACACUUUGGGCUGGGGGGCUGUGUCAAGCUAACCACUAAUAUUUGUUCCAGUCAGUUCCAAAUAGCAGAAAGUUGGGA